AUGCGCUCCGUCAUGAAAGCGCCCAAUUCAUCCAAACCUUUGGAGGAGUUUUCCUUGAGAUGUUGGCUGAUACAAUACAAGUGCCUUGGAGGGACUCGGAGGUUCGAUGGUGGGGCAACUAUACAGGUGCGAUCGGACGUGUCGCUGUCCCCAGAAGGUGCGAACUUCGGUGCCUCGAUCGCUCCAGGCUUGGGGGCACAUCGCAAGACAAAGAGUGAGGCACUGAGCCCGAAGCCACAGCUCAGAAUCGAUGGAGGGGCCGGCAGCAGCAACGUCGGCAUUAGUUCAGGUUCGGCUCUUUCACCCAGUGUAGCUCAGUCAGAGAGGAGAGGACGAGGCAGGCGUGGCAAAUCGUCAGCAUCCCAGCCCAAAACGAUGGGCGAAAAAAUAUUACUUAUUUUUGAUGAUAUGCUCUAUUGCAUCGAGAAGUACGAUCUCGUCGAGAAUUACGAUCUCAUCGGCCAGACGACACCUCCGGAGCGAAAGUUUGUCAACGGAUGUUGCUCGUCUGUGGAUGACUUCCUGCAGAUGGCAACCAAAAAGAAGAAGCAACAACGCUGGAAGGAGCGAGCCAUGCCAGCAGGACUGCAUGAAGUGAAAACUCGCAUGUUGAAGCUGGGCAUGGAGUCCUGCAGCACGAUGUACAGCCAGGUGCUUGGCAUGGAUGUGAAGCCGUUGUGGGCAAAGGCGGGUUUGUUAGCGUUGUUGAGUUGGUGGAUGACCACCGUACAGGCAGCUGAUGCACGGGGUAGCUGA